AAUCAGCGGCAACUUACAUUGUCGUGCUGGAAUAAACGCGCCUGUUUGGAUUAUUAACGCUUGUCUGUGAGAGUUGAAGUGCUUUAUUCAGGUUACAGUUUCAAUAAAUCAUCUUCCGUGGACAUUGAAGGUUGUAUUAUGAAGAUGAGUGAUUUAAUGUGUCUGUUGGUGCUUGUAUUGAUCAUCUGCACGACGGUACGAGCGAGGUGUCCUAAGGUGUGUAAGUGUCCGGCGGAGCGGCCCGUGUGCCCGCCAGGCGUCAGUGCGGUGCCCGAUGGCUGCAGCUGCUGUAAGGUUUGUGCCGCCCAGCUGAACGACGACUGCCAUGAAGGCAAACCCUGUGACCAUCACAAGGGCCUGGAGUGUAACUAUGGCAACGAUGUGGCCAGUAUCCAUGGAAUCUGCCGGGCCAAACUGGAAGGCCGCUCUUGCGAAUACAACGGCCGCAUGUAUCAGAAUGGAGAAAACUUUCACGCGGGCUGCAAACACCAGUGCACCUGUAUCGACGGGGCAGUGGGCUGCGUGCCCCUUUGCCCCACUGAUAUUCCUCUGGCAUCACCAUCCUGUCCCUCACCUCAACUGGUCAAAAUCCCCGGCCAGUGCUGCCUCAGUGUGGACUGUCACGGCGAGUCUUCCGUCCUACCGCCAGUGUUCAGAUGGCCAGAGCCGCAGCCGCCUCCGUAUCUGUUCCCUGACCUGCACACCUACAAGAAACCCCGACCAAAGCCAUUCCCCUACAAGCCCAAAGAAUCCCUGAGCAACGAACUCAUAGAGGUGGAGAAAAAGUGGGAUAAACCGCGCAGUCGAAAGCAUUUGCCAGCAUGCAAGCAAGUCGGACGGCAAUGUGUUGCGCAGACGACAAGCUGGACGCCUUGUUCACGCAGCUGCGGGAUGGGCGUUUCAUCUCGGGUCACCAAUGAGAACGCGCAGUGCAAGCUGCUGAAGGAAACCAGACUCUGCAACAUUCGUCCCUGUAGUUCUGAGGCUGUGCCUAUAAAGAGGGGGAGGAAGUGCUCUCGUACGCAGAAGUCUCCAGAGCCUCUGCGUCUGCGCUACGCUGGCUGCCGCAGCACACGCCUCUAUCGGCCCAACUACUGCGGGACGUGUCUGGAUGGGCGAUGCUGCUCGCCCCGCCGCACACGGACGGCCCCCGUGCUCUUCGCCUGCCCCGACGGAGAGCACUUCGAGAGGGCCGUCAUGUUUGUGCAGUCCUGCAAGUGCAACGAUGAAUGUGGCCACCUGAACGAUGCGGCGCUCCCGCCCCAACGUUGGCUGUAUGGCGACAUGCACAAGUUUGUUGAUUAACAUCUUGUUUGUCCAAAGACCCGCCCCCAUGUCUUUCCCCAACCAAUAGAGUAGCGUUUCGAACUGUAACUCUUGAGUAGACGCUAGGCCAAGGCCUUAAUAUAAUGCAAAUCCAUGUGGAAAAAGGGCAAUUUUGGGUUUCCAAUCCCUUGUGCCGAGAGCCUUAGAGUAGAUGUGCUUACCAUGAGGAUCCAGGAUGGGAUGAAUCCUGGUUGUGAAUAUAUACAAUGGAUUUUCUGAUUGACUGGUCCUUACCAUGAACAGUGAUGCAUUCUGGGGCACCUGCACAAUCUAAAUAAGAAAAAAAAACUGCCUCAGCGGGAUGCUGAUUAGACACUUAAAUGUGGUGGGACCGACUCUCAGCUUCACAAGGGCUGGUCUUUACUUCUUCUGUAGUGAUUGCUUUGCCUUGACGUUCAAAGAACAGCUGGCAAAUACGAGGGAAACUCAUCGGGAAGUCGUUUUAAGCUACCCAGGGUUUGACUCAGCUGCUUGUGGACUCGAUGCUGAGUUUGAUGGUUUCGUGAGCCCAUGACUCCGCCAACUCACUGAGGGAUAUUUGCCAAGUGCCGCAGCUCCCUGGCGUCAAAAUGUCGGCUCCUCUGCUACCGGCUAAUUACAAUCCUCUUCUUUGGGGGCAGAAAGAAACCCAGUAACCCUUUGGUUUGCAAUAAAAAUACGUUUAAAAGACCAGCAUCUGAUGUAAACAUGUAAUUUGAAAGUAAUGGGUGGGACGGUUCUUUCAAACGCUGGUCUGUAAUCUACCACAUGAUGGCAGAGCCUCGUGCAAACGGCACUGGUGUCUGUGUUUUAUAAUGCAGCAGUCUCUAUUUCUGCCUGGCAUUGGUGCAUGAACUGACGGAGGUGACGAGAAAUUACGUUGUGGAAUAAACUGCCAAUUACAUGCUGCAUGCAAACUUGAUGGAAAAUUAACAGCGUUCUGUUUCGUGUUACGCAAACUUUACUAUGGGUUCGGGAAACGGUCACAACUACCUAGUUAGUUUUUAAUUUUAAAUGUAAUUUCAUCAUGCAUGGUACUUUGGUAAGAAAGCACAGGAAAUUACGUACUCCAGUAUCUCCUAGGCAUUUUAUUCCUGUCUGGCACGAAAAGAGUGGAGAUCUUUUGGUCCCCAAUGUGCGUGCGUCUGUGGGAUUUUCUUCACCUGUUUUAUCGUACGGCAGGUCAAAAUUUUAAGACUUUCUUUGACUACCAAUCAAGCAUUAUUGCAAUCAAUCUGAUUUAAUCAUAGCUGAUAUUUGUAUGCUUUUAUUAAAAACAUUUUUGUACAACCUUAUAAACAAGUCUCGAGUAGAUUAUAUCAGGAAAUGACAAUGAGCAGCCAACAUGUGACACUUCGAGACUGGAUUCGGGUCUGGUCUAAAAUGAUCUUGUAGUACAAGUUCCUCUCAUUUGUUUUACCUCUUAAGAGAGGACAACCACUCACCAUCCAUUAAAUAAACUGGCUUGUAAAA